CGGUCACCGCGGGGAGGCGCCGGGACGGGGUGGCCGCGAUGCUGGAGAACGGCUCCCUGAGGAACUGCUGUGACCCGGGCGGGCGCGGCCGCCUCGGCUUGGCGGAGCGGGAGGCGGCGGCGGCGGGCGCCCCACGGCCCGCCUGGGUGGUGCCGGUGCUGUCCAGCGUGCUGAUCUUCACCACGGUGGUGGACAUCCUGGGCAACCUCCUGGUCAUCCUCUCCGUCUUCAGGAACCGCAAGCUUAGGAACUCAGGUAACGCAUUUGUGGUGAGCCUAGCUUUGGCUGAUCUGGUGGUGGCCUUGUAUCCAUACCCACUGGUGCUCUUAGCUAUUUUCCACAAUGGAUGGACACUGGGUGAAACCCACUGUAAAGCAAGUGGCUUUGUGAUGGGACUAAGUGUAAUAGGCUCUAUUUUCAACAUCACUGCAAUUGCAAUAAACAGAUAUUGCUACAUAUGUCAUAGUUUUGCCUAUGACAAAGUAUACAGCUGUUGGAAUACAAUGUUGUAUGUCUCCUUAGUCUGGAUAUUAACAGUAAUUGCAACUGUACCAAAUUUUUUUGUUGGCUCUUUGAAGUAUGAUCCACGCAUCUAUUCAUGCACGUUUGUCCAGACUGCAAGCUCCUACUACACAAUAGCUGUUGUGGUCAUUCACUUCAUCGUUCCUAUCACCAUUGUCAGCUUCUGCUACCUUCGAAUUUGGGUUUUAGUGCUUCAAGUUCGAAGACGAGUCAAGUCAGAAACAAAGCCAAGGUUGAAGCCAAGUGACUUCAGAAACUUUCUUACCAUGUUUGUUGUUUUUGUGAUUUUUGCCUUUUGCUGGGCACCUCUAAACUUCAUUGGACUGGCUGUAGCCAUUGAUCCUACGGAAAUGGCACCAAAAGUUCCUGAAUGGCUAUUCAUUAUAAGCUACUUAAUGGCCUACUUCAACAGCUGCCUUAAUGCAAUAAUAUAUGGUCUUCUUAACCAGAAUUUUCGGAAUGAAUAUAAACGAAUUUUAAUGUCACUGUGGAUGCCAAGACUUUUCUUCCAGGACACAUCCAAAGGAGGAACUGAUGGCCAGAAGAGCAAGCCUUCUCCUGCUUUAAACAACAAUAACCAAAUGAAAACUGAAACCUUGUAAAUGUGUAAUAGUCAAUGCAAGAGAUUGUCAUGGAGAAAACCAAGAUCAUAGUUGUAAUGUUCUGGUCAUUCCUGAUGAAUUUUGCGGAGUUUCCACUUGGAUCACAGUUUAUGACUGGAAUACUGUCUUCAUAGUAAAGCAAAUUGCUCUGUAUUUAUGAUUUAUACAAGAUAUUAAUUGAAAAUGUGUUUCAGAAUUAAAGCAGCAGGUGGGUGCAAGCUGUUUUAGUUCUGAGAGCUGAAUCCUGCUUCCAGACAUAUGAAUGAAGUAUUUUUUUUACUUCAGCGGGAGUUUUGCAUUCUUUAUACAAGAUCAGGAUUCAUUUCUUAGAAGAUGUAGUGAGUCUAUGUGUACAGCAGCUCAUCAAGGCUCCAGAGUGGUAUUUUCCUCCCUUCUGUAUCUGAACAGACGGUGAGACAGACACUCUAUUGUCCACACAUAAGCCAAACACUGCGUUUCUGUGCAUGUACUGGUGGCAGUAAUGGUGUCUUUCAAUCCAGUUUGUAAACUGGAGAGAAGAAUAUUUGUGUAAAAGCAAAUAUUAACAUUAGAGACUUUCCUCACAGGUUUUUCAUACUUACAUACACUGAGAAUGGGAAUAAAGUGUGUCUAUACUGUUCAUCAUCUGUGGGUAAAUUUAUGGUAGAUAAUGUAAUUGGUUGAUUUCUCAUAGGUUUACCUUACAUAAUAUUCUUCCUUUAGAAAAGAUAGAAUUUUCAUUGAAGUUCAUUUAUUUACCAAAAUAUCUAUAUAAAAUGUCAUUUGAUGCACUUUAGCACACCUUACUCAUUUGUGACAGACUGGAAAUUAUAGUAUAUGACCUGUGAUCUAUGGAGUGGCAACUGAACACUAGACAGGGUAUCCUAGAUCAUCUCAAAUAAUGCUAGACCAAAAGAAGAAGCCCUUUUGACUAUUAUGGUAGCUGAUAUACUUGACUCACGUGUCUACAUCCAAUCUCGAACAAAACCCACUGCUCAUGUCUAACCUAAGACAAUCUUCAAGGCUCCCUGUAGUGGAGAUAUGUUUCCUUCCAUCUGUGAUGAUUAACACACACCCAAGGAUAAGAUGAAUUGCUUUGUGGAGGUGCUGGUCUCCUUUCACUGACUUUAAAAGCAGCUUUGAUUACUAGUUCAAACACCUAAUUUUGGAUAGCUAGAGAGGGAUUUAUCUUGCUUAAUUUGGGAUGAACCCAGUGUAGAUGUUUGCACACAAUCCAUUUUCUAAAUACUCUCAAUAGUCCUUACAGUUCUAGGAAAUUUUUCCUUUUCUUUUGAAACAGAUAUCUUUAUUGAUCAGGAGAGCUGAUCAGCUGAACUCAGUAAUUGUACCUUCACUGACUGUAAAAAAGAUUAGGUAGCUCACAUACACACAUUUCAGGCAAAGACAGGUCAUCUUAAUCCCAUAAAUAGUUUACCUACAUUUCAUAUUUGCAGUUGAUAAAAUAAAAAGAUUAUUUUCCACUUUACUUUCAAGCUCAAAUUCCAACUGGAUUUCUGCUUUUCCAGGUAACGCAUUUUAACAAUGACUGUGCAGAUCAGAUUACAAUUUGGGUUAUCCUGCAAAGCAUUAUAGUAAUUUAUACAAUGUUGUGGUACAAUCUCUAAAUCAGACUAGGAAUCCGUGUGCAAGCACACAGUCAAUGAGUUUAUUUUAUCAUUAGGCUUGAAAUGCACAUUACUCUUAGCAUUUCUUAGCAGUGCUGUUCAGGGUAGAGGAGCUAGGUCUCUGGUAAAUCCAUGUCAGGUAUUGAAAUGGGACAGUGAAGAAUCCAGGUUGGUACUGCAUUCCAGUUUGGAUUUCCUGACCUGGCUAUUAUGAAAAAUAUUUCUGUAGUAAUAUUAAUUUGUACAGCAAAUAUACUUCUGAAGCCAUAAAGAUGUAUUAAACAUCACCCUUAUGUUGCUAGAGUGAUAGAAAAAUAUCAAAGUACCACAGUAUUUUGAAUGUUGUAUUUGCUUGCCAAAAGCCUAUGUAAAAUACAGCAAUGUAACAAAUGUGAUUAUUAUUUUAGCUGCUUUCAUGUCCUUCACAUGAUUUCUGAUAAUCUCAGUAAUUCAGUACCCUCAGACUCAUACAGCAGUAAGUUGAUAAGAAGCUGAAAACUUUGUGCAUAGGGGUAAUAACGAGAUGGGACAAAUAUAACCUCGUGGCAGAAAAUAAAAAUAUUGUGGCUAAAAGUAGCGAUCAUUAAUAAGUAGGUUUUACCUGGAACGUAAUUUUGUAAGUCUGAAACAAUUUUGAUAUGUGUUGUCUCUCUUCAUGACUUCUACAGCAAGAUACAGAAUCAAUAUACAUUAUAUAUAUAUGUGUGUGUGUGUGUAUAUUGUAUAUAUAUUUAUAUAUAUAUACAGUAUACAUGAUACAAAAUCAAUAUACAUGUAUAUACACAGGUAAAAUUUCCCCUACAGUUAAUAAGGAGUUUCAAAAUCUCUGAAACUUGUAGGAAAGAAUAUAAAAUUUGAUUCCUGACAAUCCUGCUUUUUCUGACAUCUCUGAGUACUCAAAAUUUUGACUUGAAAGUCAAAAUUGGUUGUCUGACUUAUAGGUGAACUAUUAUUAGAAGUAAAUUGGUAGACCUCAGUUUAUCUCUCACUGGAAUGAGUCAGAAUAGAGUCCAAAAAUUAUUGGUUUGGCUCCAUAAAGUAUAUUUAAAUGUUGGAACCACUUCUUUGGCCAUAAAAAUGAGCUGCUAUCACUCUCAAUACUCAUGAGGAGAAGACUUGAAAUUUGUAUAAAGUCAUUUUACAAAUUAUAUCUGCUCUUUAAAAAUUAAAUAUCACUUUCAGAAUCCUUGUUCUGAUAUGUUCCCAACUAUCCUAAAUGAAGCUCACACAAGUGAUUGAACAGAAUCACUGAGUCAUGGAAUGGCCUGGGUUGGAAGGGACUAGAAAGAUCAUUUAAUUUCAGCUACUCUGACCUGGUCAGGGACACCUUACACUAGACCAGGUUGCUCAAAGCCCCAUCCAGCCUGGACUGGAAAAGUUCCAGGGAUGGAGCAUCCACAACUUCUCCAGGCAACCCAUGCUUGUCACAGAGAGAAGUGUUCCAAAAUUGGAUCCUGCCUCACAAGUGAUGGAAGAUUUUUGGAACAGUGCUAAAUUAUUAGGUGUGGAUUUUAUCACCACAGCAUUACCUGGAAGGGGCCCUGCACUGCAUGGUGGCCACAAAGCCAACUUUGCUAUUAUUGUGCUGGGUACCACUGUUUGCUGAGUCCUGAUGUAUGGACAAUAGCUCAUGCCUGUUAAAAUCAGUUUUACAUCAUGUAUUACUACAAAGUGUUGCAUUUGAGUUGACCUGGAAAUCAAUCAAAUCCAUAGAAUUUAAAUUUUUCUGCAAGUCAUUCAAAUGCAUAAAAAUUACAUUUAGACGAUUAAAUGCAGCUCUCGAUGGUAAAAAGUCUUUGUGUAGUAAUGCAUAUUUCUACCUACAUCAGAAGCCUUAAAUUAAUUUUGUCCCUUUUCUUACUUUAAUUCAAAAUCAAAGUUAAGUUUAAAGGAAAACUUUAUAAAUGCACUGUCAAGAGAGUUGAUAAGGUUAUAGCAUGAUUUGAAAGUAUAGUCAGGAAGAACAUAUCAGCUCUGAACAGAUUUAUACAUCUUUGAGGAAAUUAUUACUUUUGUUAUAUAAAAGUAUUUACACCAGCAUAUCUGAUAUAGGCACUUUAAGAAAAAAGAGGAAAAAAGUCAGGUAGACCCUGUGUCUUGCACAAGGUAACUAGUGAAGGAAAAACUAAGGCCUCAGGGAAAAAGUUUGUUUGCAGAAAAUGUGGAGUGUUUUCAAACUUUUAGUGUUACCUUGAUUAAAGAGUGUUGUAUUUUCUGUUAAUUAAAAGAAGUAAAUGUAUUUUAGAAUUGUUCUUACAGUACAGAUUUCAGAUUUAAAAAAAGCUUACUCUUGCAUUGAUGGGUGAAGACCAAUUGUAUAUUCUAUUUCAGUAAAGAGAGAAGUGGAGGUGUGGUAAAGUCUAAAUGAAACUGAAAAAAUGCAGUCUUAUCCUUUCUCUCUGGGCAAGUGAAUAUGUCACUCUCAAGGAAGAAUUAAAACUAAAGGCACAGUCCUAUUACUGUUGACUUUGAUGAGACUUCUCAGUAAAUUAUUGACCGAAUGGAAUAAUUCUGCCUGGGUCAUUCGCAGGGGCAGAAACACAUUUCUGUCCCUCCACUUCUUACUUUAAGAACAUACUUAGAUAAAAAUUAUUACUUUCGUUUCCCAGUUGUAUUUUAAUGAAUUGCACCAGUCUGGAAAUUUGCCAAUGAAUAAAUAUAUAUGGAAGAUUGUAUAUAUUUCUUAAUAUGUAUAUAAAACAG